AUGGACCUGCCAGUGCGAUGGGGUUAUAGGCAUCGGGGAACCAUAUCAAUCCAUCUUCAAUUCGGCCCGUGCGUCUGUCUGUCAGUUUGCGCGUUGAUGUGUCCUUCUGUCAGUCAGUCUACGAAACAUUACCAACGAGACGAAAAGCGAGAUUCCUGCCAUUCACCGUCACCAUCACCAACAGCGCGUUCUCUCAUUCCCGCCACUUUUGCCGCCAUUUGUUUGCCCCAGAGUGGGCGCCAUCUUGAAGGCGGUCGACUCAUCCUUUAUUCGAUCCUUUGUCCCUUUUCUCUUGCCACUGCUACGCAUUUUCAGGCGGAUAUCUAUUCACGGUUCUCCUCGUCUUCACAUUGUUUUUUUUUUUCUUGUUUUCUUCAUGAACUUCGAGGUGGAGUUCGUUCUUAUUUUUAUAUAUUUCUUAUUAUUUUCACAUUUUCUCCAUUUUUCUUCUUUUUAAUUUUUUUUCUCUAUCGUUUGUACACUUUCCACUUCCUUUUAUCAUUUCUUUCCUUUUUCCUUCCUUUCUUUUCUUCCUUCUUUCGACCCUGUCCUUCCUCCCUCCUUUCUUCCUUUUUUCUUUCCUCCCUACUUACCUCCCUCUAUUUCCUUCUUUCUUUAUUUCUUUCUUUUUUUCUAACCUUUCUUGCUUCCUUUCUUCAUUUUUUCCUUCCAUCUUUCAUUGCUUCUUUCUUUCUUUCUUUCUUUCUUUCUGUCUUUCCUUCCUCCUUUCUUUCUUUUUUCUUCCUUCUUUCUUUCCUUCCUUCCUACCUCCUCCUAUUUCCUUCUUUCUUUCCUUCCUUCUUUAUUUCUUUCUUUUUUCUAUUCUUCCUUCCUUCCUACUUCCUUCUUUCUUUCUUUCUUUCUUUCUUUCUUUCUUUCUUUCUUUCUUUCUUUCCGUCCUUCUUUCCUUCCUUCGUUUUAGUUCUUCGAAUUAUUUUAUGCUUCUCGUUUCUUUUCCGUAUUUUUUCUUCGUAUUAUGUUGGUGCAAAAAUAAUGACGUAA